CGACAAAGGUAAUUCUACGGAUCAAUUGCUUCUGUUUCAGACUUUCAGCUAGCUAGCCAUCUUUCGCUUCAACCUCGUGUUUCUUUUUCCAAAAACCUGAUCUGUGCAUUCGUCGGUUUCCACCUUGUGUUUAAACAUCGCGUCCCAUUUCCUGAAUCUAGGACGUUGUUCGUUUUCUGGUGCUAAUUUGGUACUUCCAAUCAGCAGUUAAUUGAAGGUUCCUGAGAAUUCAGAAAUGUUGCUGACUCCGUCAAAAGAGUCCAUCAGUCAAUGAUAGUACAAUGUCUAUCGUGCCUGUCUUCAUCUUUUCGAGUGGAAACUAUAAUGUGGUCGCAGACAUUGCGUGCACGUCGCGCCGUCGCGGGGACUGUGUGGAAAAUUCUUCCGUCCAGGAUACCAGUGCGAGAUGGCCUAAGCGACGACCUUGAGUCAUUCACUCUCUGGUGCUGGUACCUCUUUCUUGCGAAGCAAACACCUACAAGAAUUGCAAGUUUCUGCUGUCCACUCCCACAACGAAGCAGCUCUGCCUGUAGCUCUGUAUAGAUCCACUCCAGGACUGCUGCCGACGGCACGCCCAAAUCUUUCGAGGCUAUGCUUCUGUACGCCUUGUGCAAGUGACACUGAGGUCGUUGGUCCUGCAUGCACACAGCCCACUUAACCUCAAAUCUUCCCUUCGAUUUCUAGACCUUCCUCCUCCAUGCACGUAUUGCAUCUGUUCUGUUUCUUCCGGAUACUACGUCCAUGUUUGGCCGCGUUACCAAGAAGCAGCCAUGAUUCAGCCGACAAGCUCACUCUGCUGUCCUUCAAGUCCAUGCUUCUGGACCCAGCCGGCUCGCUUGCUUCAUGGAACUCAUCCAACCACCUCUGCAGUUGGAGGGGAGUUGUUUGCGGCCGUCGGCAUCCUGAAAGAGUCAUCGCGCUUCAGAUGAACUCGUUCAGCUUGGCAGGACGUAUCUCUCCAUUUGUGGGCAAUCUCACCUUCGUUAGGGAGCUCGACCUCAGCAACAACCAUCUUGACGGGAAGAUCCCUGAAGAGCUUGGCCAACUAAGGCGGCUCCAGGUUAUUAACCUCACCAGGAACUUCUUGGAGGGAAGCAUCCCGGCAGCUUUGGGAAGGUGCACUCAACUCUUGUAUCUUAACCUUGGGUUCAACCAUCUUCAAGGUGAGCUUCCAUCAGAAAUAGGAUCUUUGAAAAAUAUUGUCUUCUUGAACCUUGUCGCCAAUGGCCUGUCUGGACAGUUCCCACAAUUCAUAGCAAAUCUAUCAUCGAUCCAAGCCUUGGGUCUUGGAAACAACACGUUUUCGGGACCUUUUCCAUCAUUCCUUCACCAGCUACCCAAUCUGUCUCGAGUUUCCAUUGAGUUCAACAACUUGUCAGGAGUCAUCCCUCCUUCAUUUUGGAACAUUUCCACACUAAUAGGCUUUUCUGCAGCUGGAAAUGCCAUUUCUGGGACAAUACCUUCAAAUGCAUUCAAUAACUUUCCUCAUCUCCAAGUAUUCUAUAUGGAAAACAACCUGUUUCAUGGCCGUAUCCCUGCUUCAUUAGGUAACGCUUCUCAUCUUUCGAGAAUCCAGCUUCAUACUAACUUCUUUAGUGGCAGUGUUCCCCCUGAGGUUGGGAAAUUAAAAGAUCUUCAAUUUCUUAAGCUCGCUGAUAAUUUCCUAGAAGCUAAUGAAACUAUAGGUUGGGAAUUUGUAAAUGCCUUGACUAAUUGCACCCAGUUACAGAUGUUAGAAUUGGCUUUUAAUAGGUUUGGUGGAGUGCUUCCUGGUUCGUUUUCAAAUCUGUCUACUUCGCUAUUCUAUCUUAUCCUUGAAAACAACACAAUUUCUGGGACCAUACCUGAGGGGAUCGGCAAUCUUAUCAACUUACAAGGACUUGACCUGAGCAAUAACCAUUUCACUGGAGCUCUGCCAUCGUCCCUGGGCAUGCUUCAAAGUUUGAAUGGUUUCUCUGUGGCAAAUAACAAGUUAAAUGGUUCAAUUCCAUUGUCCAUAGGUAAUCUCACACAGCUAAAUUAUUUGAUCUUCCUAUCAAAUGAAUUCGGCGGUACAAUACCCAGAGCUCUUGGAAAUCUGACGAAUUUGUUGGAACUGCUUCUUGCUUAUAACAACUUCGUAGGAUCAAUUCCAAUCGAAAUAUUUAACAUCCACACACUCACUAUAGCUUUGGAUUUAUCCCAUAACAAACUGGAGGGAUCAAUACAAACAGAAAUUAGAAAUCUGAAAAAUCUUGUAGAAUUGCAUUUAGAGUCUAAUAUGUUGUCAGGAGAGAUCCCAUCCAGCUUAGGUGAAUGCCAGCUUCUCCAAAAUCUCUAUCUAGCAAAUAAUUUAUUCACAGGUAGUAUUCCAUUAGCAUUGGAGGAAAUGAAAGGUCUGGAAAUUCUUGACCUAUCACGGAACAACUUUUCAGGUCAAAUUCCUGAAUUCUUGGAGAAUCUAAGCUCGCUCAGUCACCUAAAUCUUUCCUUCAAUAACUUUUCUGGUGAAGUACCAACUUCUGGUGUUUUUGCAAAUGCUACUAAAAUUUCAAUCCAAGGCAAUGAUGAACUCUGUGGUGGCAUAUAUUAUCUUCAUUUGCCUACAUGUUCUUCUGAAUCAUCAAAGAGAAGGCACUCAUCCCCUGUUAUUCUGGUUGUUAUUCCUCUUGCUGCAACAUUAGGAGUCCUUUUGUUGGUCUACCUUUUCCUUACUUGCCAUAAGAAAAAAUCAUCUGAAAAUCGUUCCACAGAGUCCAUGGAAGGCCAUCCAUUAAUCUCUUAUUCCCAGUUGGUAAAAGCAACAGAAGGUUUCUCAACGACCAACUUGCUAGGGACGGGAACGUUUGGGUCUGUGUUCAGAGGAACGCUAUGUUGCAGAAAUUAUGAAAAUCUUGUGGCUGUAAAAGUACUCAAACUUCAAACGCCUGGCGCGCACAAAAGUUUUGAAGCUGAAUGUGAAGCUAUGAGAAACUUGCGACACCGAAACCUUGUGAAGAUAAUCACAUCCUGCUCAAGCAUCGACUCCAAAGGGGAUGAUUUCAAAGCCAUUGUAUUUGACUUCAUGCCAAAUGGUAGCCUAGAACAUUGGUUACAUCCAGGUGCAAGCAACCAGCUAGAGCAGAGGUGCUUAAACCUCCAUCAAACAGUGAGCAUUAUUUUUGAUGUGGCUUAUGCAUUGGAUUAUCUUCACUGGCACGGUGUUGCGCCAAUUGUGCAUUGUGAUCUUAAGCCAAGUAAUGUACUUUUGGACGCUGAUAUGGUAGCCCAUGUUGGAGAUUUUGGACUUGCCAAGAUUCUUGCCGAGGAAUCCUCUUCUUUCCAGCCCUCGACGAGCUCCAUGGGAUUUAGAGGGACAAUUGGAUAUGCUCCUCCAGAAUAUGGUGCUGGAAAUAUUAUUUCAACCCAUGGAGACAUCUAUAGUUAUGGAAUUAUUAUCCUUGAGAUGGUAACUGGGAGGAGGCCCACGGAUAACACAUUCGGGCAUGGAUUGAGCCUUCGAAAAUAUGUUGAGAUGGCAAUUAACAACCGAGUUAUGGACAUUGUCAACAUAGAGUUGGUGACAGAACUUGAAAAUGAGAAUGCAAGAGUGGAUGGUGCACCAAAUAGAAAAAUGCUGCACUCCCUAAUUUCAUUACUUAAACUUGGAGUGUUAUGCUCCGAGGAAACACCAUCGAGUAGGAUGUCAACCAAAGAUAUCAUCAAAGAACUGCAUGCAAUCAGAAAGGCCCUCACUUAAGGCCUAUCAAAAGAGAAUGGAGGGAGUAGAAAGCAUGGCAAAUACUCUUCGCUGGAUUCUUAAGAGAGUGUAGUACUUGUGAAUUGUGAUGUCGUAUGAUGUAUCUCUUGAAAUGUAGAGAACCAUCCCUUGAUGCAUGGGUUUCAAUUAAAGAUUUAAAUGCAUAUAUAAAGCAGCCCAAAAUUUGCAGGC